CGUGGCCUUUGCACAAAAACAUCACGAGUGGCUGCUGCAGCCGCAGCUGCGCUACAAAUACAGCACAUGGUGGCCUUCGCUAGCUGCUCGCAGACGGACACCAGCGGACCUCAGACCCCCCCCGAGCUUUUUCCAGCUUGACGCUUGGUUUGGUUUUUUUUUAAAGUUGCACAACUUCUUCUUUGGGAACUGAGAGUCGUGGAAAAACUAGCAUAUACACAAAUUCUAAUAACUUUAAAAAACAAACAAACAAACUUUGAGUCCUUCGUCGUCGCGCGCGACAAAGUUUGACUUCGGGGGCUCGACAGGAGACUUCAGAGAGAAGGCACUUGUCCUGCUACCGCCUGCAGCAGCAGCAGCAGCAGCAGCAGCAGCAGCCACACACCGAGGCGAGCAUGUCGACCGGCACGGAGCAGGUGAAGAGCUGCCCCAUCCCCACCAGGGUGCUCACCCUGAAGGACUGGUCCCAGCUGCCCGACUGUUACAGCCAGACACCCGGGGGCACGCUCUUCUCCACCACGCCCGGAGGUACUCGCAUCAUCUAUGACAGGAAGUUUCUGUUGGAUUGUCGAAACUCCCCUCUUGCCCGAACCCCUCCUUGCUGUCUGCCCCAGAUCCCAGGGGUAACGGUGCCCGCCACACACCCCAUGGGGAAAUUGCAGGACCUCAAAGAGGAGGCCGAGGAGGACGAGAAGGACAUUGCAGAUGACAACCAGUUUGAGAUGGACAUCUGAGCUGCAGUAUUACCUCCUGUGGAGUGUUAUCGGUUAAAACGCCUCCAAGGUCAACGGUGACCGUAAUGCAUUACACGCAUAAAGCUUUUUUUGCCUCUUUAUUUUUUUUUAAAAUAGCUUUUGAGGGGAGCCAAAAAGGAUAUACAAGUUAAAAAACUAUAGGGUGUUUUUGACCCUAAAAAGGUGUUCAGCAAAGAAAUGGUAUUACAUGUGUUGAUGGCUUGCUCACUCAAGUUAGAGCAGCAGCAGGAUCAACAAAUGUUAUGAUUUCACUUUUUUUAUCUUUUGUAAAUAAGCAAAUUUACUAUGUAGCCUAUUUUUUAAGUUGGGGAAUAUAAGAUGAUUACAUUAAGACAUGUAAAGUGGGGUUUUUCACUGCAGGCAUCAGUUUUGUUCUGUUUUGUUUUAGUUCCCUCCCAAAAAGGAAAGCUAACUUUCUUUGUGACGGGCAAACGUGCCUCCUAAUAUUGGGGGGCGAGGCCUACGGAAGAUCAGCUCCUACUUUGUUUUGUAUGGAGGAGGGGGGGGUGAAAUGUGAAUAUUUCAAAUAAAGGCUAUUGAGUCAUGAA